AUGCAAACCACUCAACAACACUCUCAUCAUCAUUCGAAUAGUUCAUCAACCAACCACGUUCAUCACCAGCAACAACAAAAUACACUCUCCCACGUUCAUCACCAUGCAACAUCUCAUUCACCCACUUCUUCGGGAGUGGUAGUUUCAUCUGGAUCAUCUACACGAAAGUUUUCUUCUUCUUCUUCAAAUAAUAAUAGUAGUAAUCAACCUUCAAAUAACGACAAACUUUCGGAGCACGAAAUCAACAAGUUGCACAAGUGGAAAGACAAUCUAGAAGAUGAUCACUAUAUAUGCCCAAUAAGUCAUGUUCUGAUGAGAGAUCCAGUGAUCUUAUCGGAAAGUGGAAUAACAUUUGAUAGAGAAUCGAUCACACAAUGGCUCCAAACAAAGAACACUUGUCCUAUUACAAAGAAACAGCUAACAACCAAGAAUUUAAUUCCAAACUAUAGUACAAAGAAUCUCAUUCAUCAUGCCAUGAAAAAGAACAUUUCUAAAGUUAAGCACUUUGUCGAGAAGAGAAUUGCAGAAAAGCGAGGUUUAAGUGAAUGCAUGGAUGUAGUGAGAGAUUUUACAAAUAAUUGA